GGGGAGAUUGGUCUAUAACGGGCCCCUCGGUUAAAACGGGCCCCACGAUUGGCACGACACCAAGCGGAUUUUUUCGGUGACUCUGAAUGCAAAUAGAACCAGCUUAGUUUAAUGAAUAUGCAUGAUUGUUUACAUUGCGUUAAUAAUUGACAGGGUCUUGUAAAAACGUGUCGAAUCAAUUAUAUCAAUUUCUCUUGUUUUAUUUGACGUUACGAAAUCACAGACCUACAAGUCAUAUCGUCAUAUCGAGUUACAAGCUUCUUCAAUAAAAUGGGACGGUAUAAAAGAACAACUGAAAGACAAACGUGGUCAGAGACAGGUAUGGUCAAAGCAAUUGAAGCAUUACGUACAAAAACAAUGGGAUUAAAGAAAGCCUGUAAACUUUUCAGCGUACCCCGUUCAACACUUCAGCGGAGGUACAAGUCAAGUCUAGCAAGUGGAGCAGCAGCUGCAAAAAGACUCGGCUCAAGGUGCAAUGUAUUCGAUACGGAAACUGAACUGGAACUUGUUCAGCAUAUAAAAACCAUGGAAAGUAUGCUUUUUGGUUUCACACCUAAGCGCUUACGAAAACUCGCAUAUCAACUAGCGAAAAGUAACAAUAUCCAUGAAAGAUUCAGUUCUGUCAAAGAAGAAGCAGGUCUGGACUGGUAUAGAGGAUUUAUGUCACGACAUCCAGACCUGUCUUUAAGAAUGCCAGAGCCAACUUCUUCGGCACGGGCACAAGGCUUCAACAAAGUUGUUGUUGACCAGUUUUUUGAUUUGCUCACUGAGUUACAGACAAAGCACCACUAUAGUCCAGACAGGGUAUACAACUGUGACGAGACUGGUUUCACAACUGUGCCGAACAGACCUUCCAAGGUGAUAGCAGCAAAAGAGGAGUGAAACAGACUGGGCCUAUCCAAUCAGUUUGUCCAGAAUGUGGAAUCAUGGAAAAAUCUGUCGAGGAUAAGGUGAAGGCGUGUGACUGGAUUUCAUGCAAAACCUGUCUGACAUGGUACCAUGAAUCGUGUGCAGAAGUGAAUGGAGUAUUUGAUGACGAUUACUUUUUAUGUGUUCAAUGUUGUGAGUAGCACCACAUGCUACUCGUUUGAACGUGAACUUUCUAUUGCUAACUGUUCAUCAUGAAUAGAUCUAACUGUAAAACCUAUUCACGAAGCUGCAGAAGUGAAAUGUAUUCAUCGUUAUUAAUAGCUUAAUAGUUAGUUUUUGUGUUGAAA